AUGGAGAACAAAAGGACAAUCGAAGAAGAUGAAAUCGCGGAACAAGGAAGAGUAAGUGAACCAAAUUGGAGCGAGCGAGUGGAGGAUCUCGUCGCCGCCGGAGACGUCACGGCGGCGAUCUCGUUUCUCGAGUCUUUGGUGACCAAUCUUCAGUCGCGGUUCGGUUCUUCUUCCUCCUCCUCCGGUGAUAAUCACGGCGGAGAGAGAACGGAGUUUGGGCUUCAGUUAGCAGCCGCUCUUUCCCAAUUGGCGGAUCUCUAUUCUUCUCAGGGGCUCUCCCUCAAAUCCGAUGAGAUUCACACUCGUUCUUCCCUAAUCAAGCAACGAGCGCUGGAUUGUGAUCUUGCCUCUUCAAGAGGUUCCGGCGAUGCAGAGAAUCGAACUUCCAAUGGCCUUAACUCUGACCCAAAUGUCUCUCCUGCUAAUGGGAAAACGAAGAAUUCGACAAAAGACUCCAGCAAUAACUCCGCUGCUCAGGAUUCUUCAGAUGAUGACUGGGAAGCCCUUGCAGAUCGUGAACCGAGUAAAUUACUCUCGGUAGAAGAGUUGCCUGAAAUAUCAAAGCUUUCGGUUGAAGAACCUAAAGUUCAAGGACCUAAGAGGCGUGGAAGGGGAACUUUUACUUAUAAGAGGGAUAUGAUGUACAGUGAUCGAGACUUUUGUGAGUCAAGGUUUGAAGAUUCAGAAGACAAUGAUAUGUCUCGUGAUUCAGAGAAGAGUGAUGAAUCGCUGAAAUCUAAAUAUGGCACACGCCAUGUCCUCGUACUUGCUGGUUUUUCUCCAAGUUUGAGGACUACUGAUUUGGAAAAGCUUUUUGAGGACUUCAAAGACAGUGGAUUUAUCAUUCGUUGGGUUAAUGAUACAACAGCACUUGCAGUCUUCAAAACCCCGUCAACUGCUCUAGAGGCUUGCAACCGGGUUCAAUGUUCAUUCACCAUACGUGUUCUCGAUGAUCACGAUUCUCUUUUGAGCUCAAUUUCAGGGAAAGAUUUGGAACCGCCGUCUCAAAGACCGAAGACAUCAGCGAGAACAGCUCAACGGUUGAUUGCACACAGCAUGGGACUGAAACUACCGGCUUCUGGAUUCGGGUCUAGAGAGCUGCGAGAACAAGAAGCUGCUCGGAAAAACCGGAUUGUCACCAGGCAGAAACAACGGGAGGAUGCUUGGGGAGAUGACUGA